CCGUGUCAUUGCCGCCAGUCAACGACGAGGAGCUCGUCGGGUACACAGCAAGAAUCGAUCUCCCUCCCAUCGGACUCGGGAAAGGAACUGAGCAUGAUUUGCUCAUGGUACUGCCGCUUGUCGAAAACAAGGAAGAUCCUGUUCUUGCAAUCAAUACCCCAACUCCCGUUCCCGACGCGGAGGAAUUGUUCGAGGACACUGUGCUCGUGCAUCGUUGGUGGAGAUUGGCUCCCUCCUCCCCAUCGAGCCUCAAGCCAUGGAUUGCGAACGUCCCAUCGCUUCUUUGGGCGCUGACGAUUCCGAACCUGGACUCGACUCUGUUCUGGACAAGAAGAAGUACUGGCGAGAGCGGUAUGACAAGGAGCCCCCAGCGCGCCGAGAUGACUUCCGUCGUCUCUCGAUCGACGCACUCCUACUUGCCAGCCCUCGAGCACGCCCUACCAGUGGAGCCCGCACCGAGCAGCACCUCCAUCUUGAUCUCGCGAGGUGCGAGCCGACAUUCCUCACGCUCUUGGUCUCGGUCCGUGGUCGAUGCCCGCUGCCCGACAAUGCGGAGAUGGCGAUCCCCUUCUAUGGCACCGCCAAAUCGGAGCCGGCUUUUCAAGAUGAUGUAGAGGUCACGCGCGAGUCGCUGCUCGAGGAGGGACCAGAGGCGUUCCUCCACGACUUCGCACCGACCUCGUCUGUUGUGACGCGCACCAAGGCUCAGAAGCGCACCGAUCUCAAGAGGCGUCAACGCGAGGAGGCCACGCCAGCGACCGACACUGCCGCAGCUGACCCAUUCACCGUGCCUGAGGCCGAAGAGGGUCUCGACUGGGCCACCGGGUGCGACGCUGUCGGCGCCCUCCAAGCCUCUCAGCCAAUCGACGCAGACGCACCUUCCCAGCAUCUGACUGCGACACAACAGAGGAACCAGCGGCGACGCAACAAGGAGCGCGCCGAACGUCGCACGGAGGACACCCAGUCGUCCGAGGGAUCCUCCACCCAGCCUCCAUCAUCGAACAAGAAAUCCAAGAAGAAGAGCGGCGGCAAGAAGAAGCCCGGAAGCAUGCGACCGGUGUAUGGAAUCCAUCUUCAGCCCUAGCCGCCGACUGGACAAGGAAUUGAGCUCUCACUCUGGCUGCGCGAUCAACUUGCACUUCUGCACUUGUGCUGAUCGCUCGCUUGCUCGCUCAAGUCUUCCGACUCUACUCUGUGUCUUCAAAUGACCAACCGGUGUCCAACAUCCUGGCUACAAGGCGCUCUGGCGCGAACUAGCGCACCACGAUGAGGAUGGCGCGAACUAGCGCACCACGAUGA